AUGAACAUCAGUUCUGAAGGAUGCUCCAAAACAGCUAGAACUGAGCUGUGGGAGACCUUUCAGAACAUUCAAGGCUCUAUUGAUAAAUCAUGGAUUGUGGCAGGAGAUUUCAAUUAUAUUUCAUCACCUGCUAAAAGGAGGGGGAGUAGAACCCCCAAUCUUGUCAUCAUGUCCAAUUUCAAUGAUAACAUCCAAAAUACUGGUUUAUUUGAUAUGGGAUACAGUGGACCUGCCUUCACAUGGAGAAGGAAGAACUUGUGGGAAAGACUGGAUAGAGUCUUAGCCAAUGACCACUGGAUCCAAAACUUCUUGCAUACUACUACAACUCAUUUAAGCCUUGCUGGAUCUGAUCACAGGCCUUUGGUCAUCACCAUUGGCCCUAAGAGUAGCUAUCAGAAGGGUGCUUUUAGAUACCUGAAUGUUUGGUCACAGCACAAGGACUUCUUGCAAGUUGUUAAGGAGAACUGGAAGACUGAGUCACACCCUGACCCAUUCAUCUGCUUGUGGUUAAAGCAAAAAAAGGUAGGUACUGCCCUAAAAAAGUGGAGUUGGACCACUUUUGGAGAUUUGAUGAUGGCUGUGGAUAAGGCUGAAAAGGAGUUGCAGGCUAUGGAAGAGGAACACAACAAAGGAAAUAAUGAUGACACUGCUCUUUUAGAGGCCAAUGAGAAAGUGUUAGCUGCUAUAAAUUGGAAAGAGGAGGAGAUUGCUAAAAGUGUUGUGUUAUACUGCCAACAACUCAUGAAAGAUAAUGAUACUAACAGAGGCCACAUAGAUAAACAAUUAUUUUCUGAAAGCAAACAAUUCACAACCAAAUUAAAGCCGACAGAUAUUCUUAAGGAGAAGAUUCAAAGAGGUUUGCAGUCCAUUGACAGCAGUAAAUCAGCUGGUCCUGAUGGAUUUACUGCAGACUUCUACAAAAAAGCAUGGGAGGAGAUUAAGGUGGAGGUUAUUCAAGCUAUUCAACACUUUUUCAAAGGCCAUUCUCUCCCUAAUUACUUCGUGCUUCUUCAAUUGUUUCUUCAAUUGUUUUCAUUCCAAAGACUUCCAUUAAAAAUUGCUGGAGUCAGUAUAGAACUCUGA